AUGGCGGCGCGAUGCAGAGCCGGGGGCGGCCGCUCCCGGCCGCGUGCGGCGGGGUUCCCUUCUGCGCAGGCGCCCGGGCUCGGGCAGUUGGGCCCGCCUCCCACGGCGCGUGUCUUUGGACUACAAGGGUGGGUUGCUGGGUUUGAGGCUUUGGAGGAACAGCCAGGCACCACAUCUAUUGGUGUUCAGAUGGAGCAGCACACUACUACUAUGAACAGAAAAGCCAACGAGGAUAGUGAUGCUAUACCUCUCUGUCCAGCUAAGCCCUCUCCCAGCUUCAUUAAUCUUCAAGCAAAUGCCCCACCAGCAACUUUUCUGAACAUGCACGCAACACAGCUGCCCUCACGAAAUGACUCAAAGCCCAGGGAAUGUCUCGGACUUCUAGAAUGUAUGUACGCCAAUCUGCAGCUUCAGACCCAGCUCGCCCAGCAACAGCUGGCUAUUUUGGAAACUUUGCAAGCAUCCUUGGCCCAACUGGCUCCUGGGAAGGAAAGCAAGAAUGCAGAUCUCCCAGCUUUAACUCGCAGUCUGUUGUUAAGGCAUCUGCCUCAAUUCAGUAAAUGAAUUGUGGAACAGAA